AUGACGCGCGCUCAGCAGACCAUCUCCCUCGGGCUCCUCGUCUCCUCCCUAUACCUAGCUCUCUACCUGCAGUUGAUUCCCCUCCCCUCUCUGAUCCAGCAGCACAUUGUCCCCGUCGUACGUCUCUGUCCGUCCCCGUCUCCGCGUGCCAGCCAGUUCCGGCCCCAGCUAAACGUUUGCAACCCGCAGCUUCCAUUCUGGGCCCUCGUCUCCUUCGGUGCGCUGCUUCUUUUCCGUCUCGGUUGGGGUAUCAUGACGUUCAACAAUGUUCCCGAGGCGCACCGGGAACUCAUGCAGGAAAUCGACAUGGCCAAGGCUGAUCUCAGGACCAUGGGCGUCGAUGUCGAUUGA